AUGGAAACGUGCUCAGUGUGCGGCUCCGACGACAGUCCAACCCUCCGACAGUGCAACAUGCAUUUGUCCAAGGUCUAUCAUAUGUACAUCGUGGAAGAAGCCGCGAAGAACGGGUGGCCAGAAGCGGAAGAAGGUCAAGAACUAUGGGCUGUGCAUAAGGUGCCAUCAUCAGCGCAAGACGUGCCGCCAACUGCGAAGAAGCGAGGACGUCCGAAGGGAGCGAAGAACAAGGCGAAGGUGCCAGAUGUACCGUUCCACGAAGCAGUGGUUUGGUGUUGUGACGUUCGGCGAUCGGACCAAGCCGACCUGUUGGCGCUGAUCAAAAAGCACAUUCGUCCUGGGACCCACAUCAUCUCCGACAAAGUCGGAUCGUACGUUUCAACCAACGAGCAGCACACAUUGGCCAACAACCACUUGCUCGCCGGAAUGCGUUACACCCACUAG